CUGAGAGGAAGUCAACAAACUACUGUUUUCUCAGUGGUUUUUACCGGACCUGUUUUAUAUACUCCUGACUUCUGUCACUGGCAAACGAUGCCUUCCACACAGGACUGGACUAACACCUGGAUCAACAGCCCGCUGGGCGUCGUUGAAGGGAUGUUUGCUGAUUCCCAGAACAACCCGAACUCUGGAUGGGAGGCCAAAGUGGUCGAAUUCUUCAAAGAUCAGCUGAAACAAAAAGACGCUCCUACCUCGGUUCCAUCUAUGAACGACGUCCCUCUGCACUACCUGAAGCCCAACAGCCUGGUCAAGUUUCGCUGUUUAAUCCAAGACAUGUUUGAUCCGGAGUUCUACAUGGGAGUGUACGAGACCGUUGAUCCGUCUACAAAGGCUAAAGUGCUGCGAUGUGGGAAGUACAAAGAUGUGACAGAAUGUGGGGUUGAUUUUAACUCCAAAAAUACAGUGACUGCUGAGAGACAAACUUUCUACUGUGUGCCUAUUCCUGGAGAAAGUCCCUGGGUGAAAGAGAGCUAUGCCGGCUCAAGUCAAGCCAGAGUGGUUCCUUCCACCUCGUACGUGCCGAGCAGACAGAAACGCAGCUACGAGGAGGACGACGACAUGGACGACAUGGACACACAGCCGCAGAAACAGAGAGAGCCACAUACUGGUACUCAAAAUCCCACAGAACACCACGGCAACGGAGACUGUAAGCGGCAGGAGACAGAAGCUCCUUCCAGCCAGACGGCGUCUGCCUCCCAUCUCGACCUCAACUUCCCUCUGCCAGGAGAGAAAGGCCCUUCAUGCUUAGUAAAGGUGUAUGAGAACUGGGACAGCUUCAAACUGAAUGAUACUCUGGAGGUGUACGGCAUCCUGUCUGUCAGUCCAGCUCUCAGUGCUCUGGCAGACGAGAAGGACGCCUCCUCAUCCCUACUGGACCCUGCAGAGUGCAUGGAGACGGCAGAGGAGCAGAGAGUGCACAGCCCACCAGCCUCACUCGUUCCCCGCCUCCACAUGCUCUACGCCAAACGACUGCCACACAACAACCCCCUGCUGCCCUGUGCCACCUUAGAGGACAACAGCGCCUUUCUGUCCUCGACCCUGAGCGAGAUGGCCUCCGUCAGAGCAGAGCUGCUCACAUACUUCACUCACGUCCUCCUGGGAGACGUCCUGGCUGCGGAGUACCUAAUUCUGCAUCUCAUCUCUGAUGUGUAUACGAGACACGAUGUUCUCCCGCUGGGGAAAUUCACCCUGAACCUGAGCGGAUGUCCAACUGUCUCCUCGUACACCGAACGCCUCCACCAGAUCAUCCAGCAGCUCGUGCCUUCUUCUCACUAUUUGGGCAUGAACCUCCAAAACAUGAACCAGAUGCGGUUGGUGCCUAAGAAAGAUUAUGUGGCCAACCGGCUAGUGAGCGGAGGCCUGCAGCUGGCCAAAAACACAUCCCUCUUUUUGGACGAGACCCAGCUGGAGCAGGGACAGCUGGACACAACAGGUGUGCGUAACGUCACGGCCCUGGGGAACGUGAUCUCCUGGCAGAAGGUUGAUUAUGACUUUAACUACCACCAGAUGGAAUUCCCCUGCAAUAUUAACGUGCUCAUCGCGUCAGAGGGCCGUUCGCUGCUGCCGUCAGACUGUCAGAUCCACCUGCAGUCUCAGGUAACCCCGGACCACAUGGACGAGUAUCUGAGCAGCAUCCACAUGCAUCCAACGUCUUCAUCACAGCUGAACAAGUUCCGACUCUACCUAAGUGUGCCUCGGCUGCUGGACUACAGUAUCUCUGAAGAAUUGACGAAGUCGGUGGAGGAUGACUUUGUAGAUAUGAGGAAGGACGACCCCCAGAGCAUAUCAGCUGAGGACCUCCAUAGGAUGUUGGUUGUGGCAAGGUUGCUGUCUCUCAGCCUGGGACAGACGUCUCUGUCCAGAGACAGCUGGCUAAGAGCCAAACACAUCGAGAUGCUGCGGAGGAGCAGGAUGGAGCAGCACAAGUGUGUCAAUGGCAACGAGCCAUGAUCACACAGUGGAACAAACUAGAUGGCUUAUUUUCUUUUUGAUACCUAAAAAUAAAUAAAAAAAGUUUGUAAUAAAGAUGCUUUUCAUAUGCCAUUUAGUUCGUUUAUUUUUUAACCUAACCAACGUGCAGCUUAGAUUUAUUUUCACAUAAAGAACUAAUGAUAUUAAUGGCUUGUACAUAUAGUAACAUCAUAUGUCAUCGUGCCUUAAAUUCAGCCGUCUGAGGGGCACAUGCCAGCAGAUUCUGACAUGCUGCAGAUCAAAGUUUUCUAUGUUCAUAAUUUUUUUAAACUUCAAAAAUAUGUAAAUAAAGUA